AUGGAACCUAGUACUAGUAGCAACCCUACAGAUACCUCAAAUUUUGUGGAAAUAACAAUGGAUGUACAUGAGGUUGUUCCACCACCACAUAUGAGCACUGUAAAAAGAGUCAAAACCAAAUUCAAGGAAACAUUUUUCCCUGAUGAUCCUAUACGCCAAUUUAAAGGACAACCACUUAAUAAAAAGUUCAUCCUUGGAGCUCAAUAUUUUUUCCCUAUUCUCCAAUGGUUACCUAAUUACAGUUUCGAACUCUUUAAAUGUGACCUUAUCGCCGGCCUCACCAUUGCUAGCUUGGCUAUCCCACAGGGAAUUAGUUAUGCUAAGCUUGCAAGUCUUCCUCCAAUUAUAGGACUAUAUUCCAGUUUUGUUCCACCACUAGUUUAUGUUGUUCUUGGAAGUUCAAGGGAUCUUGCUGUAGGACCUGUUUCUAUUGCCUCUCUUGUUUUGGGAUCUAUGCUUGCAGAGGAAGUAUCUCCUAAAACACAACUUGCUCUUUUUAUUCAAUUAGCUUUUACAUCAACUUUUUUUGCUGGUAUUUUUCAAGCCGCUCUUGGAAUUCUAAGGCUAGGAUUUAUUAUUGAUUUUCUAUCUAAGGCGAUUCUGAUUGGGUUUAUGGCUGGAGCUGCUAUAAUUGUGUCUCUGCAACAGCUAAAGAGUUUACUUGGAAUCACACAUUUUACUAAAGAGAUGAGCAUUAUUCCUGUCAUGCGUUCUGUUUUUGACCAUAUUGACGAGUGGUCAUGGGAAACAAUAGUUAUGGGGGUUUUCUUCUUGGGGAUACUUUUGCUUGCAAGACAUAUUACCAUAAAGAAACCAGAACUAUUUUGGGUAUCAGCCGGAGCUCCUCUUGCCUGUGUCAUCAUUUCUACCAUCCUCAGUUUUGUAAUCAAGGGUGAACAUCAUGGCAUUAGUAUAAUUGGGAAAUUGGAACAAGGAAUAAAUCCUAUUACAGCCAAGAUGUUGCUUUUUCAUGGAAAUUAUCUUGGUCUAACCAUCAAAACCGGGAUCGUCACUGGAAUUUUAUCACUCACUGAAGGAAUUGCAGUUGGAAGAACAUUUGCCGCUCUUAGAAACUACAAAGUUGACGGAAAUAAAGAAAUGAUAGCAAUUGGGCUAAUGAAUGUGGUUGGCUCUACUACAUCUUGCUAUGUCACAACAGGAUCUUUUUCUCGAUCGGCUGUGAAUCAUAACGCGGGUGCAAGAACAGUGAUGUCAAACGUAGUAAUGUCCAUGACAGUCAUGGUGACACUUCUAUUUCUUAUGCCAUUGUUUCGGUACACGCCUAAUGUUGUAUUGGGUGCAAUCAUAAUAACAGCAGUAAUUGGCCUCAUUGAUAUCUCUGCUGCUUAUCUCAUUUGGAAGAUCGAUAAAUUCGAUUUCAUUGUGUUGUUGACGGCAUUCUUUGGUGUUAUCUUCCUCUCUGUCCAAUACGGUCUCGCUCUUGCGGUCGGAUUGUCAAUUUUUAGGAUCUUACUGCAAAUUACAAGGCCUAAGACAGUGAUGUUGGGGAACAUACCGGAGACAAACAUAUAUAGAGAUCUUCACCACUAUAAAGAAGCUAUAAGAGUACCUGGUUUUCUUAUUCUAAGUAUAGAAGCUCCAAUCAAUUUUGCUAACAUAACGUAUCUUCAUGAGAGGAUAUUGCGAUGGAUAGAAGAAGAAGAAGAAGAAGAAGAAGAAGAGGAUACCAGAACAGAAAACUUUGGCCUUCGAUAUGUUAUUUUGGAAAUGUCAGCUGUUGGUUCCAUAGACACAAGUGGAGUUUCACUUUUCAAGGAGUUAAAAGUAGCAUUAAAAAUGAAGGGUGUCGAGCUUGUAUUGGUGAAUCCUCUUGCCGAGGUUAUUGCAAAGCUGAAAAAAGAUGAUGAAGCUAAUGAUUUUAUAAGAGCUGAUUACCUUUUCUUGACAGUUGGAGAGGCUGUAGCUGCACUUUUAUCAACAAUGAGGAGUCAAUCACCAAGCAUGGAUGAAGUGUUACAUACAAUUGUGACUGAGUGAAUAUAUAUAUAUUCUUUAUAAAGAAGUAGCAUCAACAAAAUAGAAUAGAGUAGAUUUUUGUAUAGAUAGAAUUGAAUAUAUAUUCUUAUAGUUUAGAAAAUAUAGUUCCACUAGACAUCUUGUAGACUUAAAAUGUACAUGUGUUUUGAGCACAUAUGGCUCAACAAAACUACUUGUGAGGAUAUCAAGUUUAUGUAUAUAGAUAGAUAGUUAGAUAAUAUAUAAAAUCUUCUA